CCUUGGUCCACUUUCCACGCCUUUUCUAGUAGUUUUACUUGCAGAAAACUAUCAAAAUUGCUAUUCCAGAAUUCUUCUUGCCUUCCUCAGAAUUUCAGUUUGGCAAGAAGCAGUUUUUGGGGUUCAAUCAGAUUGCCCUGGAAGCAAUUAUUGUUCAAGAUUUCAUCUUUGAAAUUGGCCCUUUAGAUGAUUUCUUCUCUACCUGCAGUUGGAUUGAAUGCAUUGCAUGCUAGACUUGCUUGGCGUUAAUGCGUUUUUGGAUUUCCAUCAUUGGAUGAAGAUUCAUUGUUGAAGAAAGUGUAGAUUGAAUUGGGGUUGUUCCUAUUCUGGAAUUUUCCUACCUUCCAUUCAGUAGAGGAAUAUGUGUUAACUUUAAUGAUAGCGGAUUGACUUGUGUUAUAAGGAUAUACGAAAAUUAAAGCAGUGAAGCUAAAGUGUUUGGCUUUGAUUUGUUGGUUUUCUGGAUUGAUUCAGAUGAGAGGAUUGUGAGAAUUGAGCAUUGAAUCUCAAAUGGACUUAUUCCCUUGUAAGCAUUUGAGAUUCUUCGGGUUGCCUUUGAAUUCACUGGGAUGCAAAUGUUUUGCUUUGGUAACUAUUGUUUUGGUCGUUAGAGCUGUUCUUGUUCCUACUUUUUCUGGCUUUGGACAGAGGAAGUUUAUGUCAAUGCAUAACGAUAGCCCAGAGUUCCAAGUUGCAAAACCGAAGUUUUUAGAGGUUCCUCAAAUAGUAUGGGGUAUGAAUAACCAAAAAAUUGCUUUUGCUAGAGCGUGUUUGACUGCUAAAUUGAUGAAUCGAACUCUCUUGAUGCCUAGUUUGAGCGCCUCUCUGUUCUAUAAAGAAGUCGAUCUUUUGCAACCUAUCUCGUUCGAUAAAGUCUUUCAGUUUGAUAAGUUCAAUUCUAUUUGUGAGGGAUUUGUGAAACUGAGUCGUUAUUCUGAUGUUUCAAAUAAAAGUGAUGUCAUUGAGCUUCCAAAGGGCAGUGGUCGAAGGUGGACCAUUGAAAAAGAUUUGGAUCAGUUGAGACAGUUUAGUAAGCCUCCUUAUGAUGAUUACGAGACAGUUCGCAUUGUAGGAAAGAACCCUUUUUUGUGGCAUGAUCACUGGCCAGUCAAGGACUAUGCUAAGAUUUUUGAAUGCUUAGUUUUAGUGGAAGAAUUACUUGCCGAAGCUGAUAAAGUUGUUACCAAGAUUAGGGAAAUCGGACAGCAAGCAAGACAAAAAAUUGAGCUGCCUCAGACUGGUUUAGAAUCAGAUAGGCAAUUGUUGGAUCAUGUGCCCUAUGUCGCCGUUCAUAUGAGAAUAGAAAAAGACUGGAUGAUCCACUGCAAGAAGUUGGAGCAGCGGUUGAAUGUAAGUGAAAUCUGUAGCAGUAAAGAGCAGAUCCAAGAGAGAGUAGCAAACAUCAAGGGCCUGAAUCGUCCAAUAGUUGUUUACCUCGCUGUUGCUGAUACCCUUCUUGAAGAUAAUACCAUCUUGAAUGGUUGGAAAGAAGGGUUGCUUCCUUUUGAGAAGAAAAAGUUGGGUGUUCUUGAAAUCUACAAGAAGCAUCCAUAUCUUUUUCAGUCAGCUAUAGACUAUGAAGUCUGCUUGCGGUCUGAUGUAUUUGUUGGGAACAGUUUUUCCACAUUCUCAAGCCUCGUAGUUCUAGAUAGAACCCAGAAACUCAUGAAUAUGGGAGUUUCUAGGCAAUGUGGAAAUGAUGUCAGGUGGCAAUCUUAUGCCUAUAAUAUACAGGGAGAUCUAGAAGGGCCUCAGCCAUGGGCAACUAAUAUGUCAGACUCGAGCUUACAAGCAAUCAGCUACGGUACUAAUCACAUCUCUUGCUAAAUCCUGUGUAUUUGCCUCUGGUUACCUUCUGUCUGAUAAGUCGAAGAUAGUGAGCUUAUGGCUUUCUAUAAAUUUUUCUUGAGCAUUGGAGAAGGAUUCAUGUGAACCUCGAAUUUCUUAUUCUUUUGAUACUUGUAAGCUAGGUUGGGUGAACAGGACAUUGUAUAGUGUUUAGAUAUGUUGGCGCCUGUAUUUUAGGUCUAGGCUAGUUGAUGUUUUUAAAUCUUUGUUUGAGCUUUGAUUGAUCCCUAAUUUUUGUAGAAUGACUUUUUCUUCUUACAUAAACAUCAUUUAUGAAGUUCCAAGUUGCAGC